GUGGAUUACGGCUUUAGCGGAAAAUGAAGACACAGACGCGCACAUUUGGGUGGUGAAAACAUAAGAACACAGCAGAACUAUCAAACUUCUCUAACACGCUGUUAAUGAGAACCAGGCCAUGUUAUCCCUAAAAGCACCGGGUGUUGAGCUGAGCCUGUGCUGUGUUUUCCUCUUUCUUGUGUAUGGAGUGCAGUCGGAUUACAGUCUGACCAGUAAAACGUUGGAGCUGAUGUCUAAAUACCGUCUGAUAGAUGGACACAAUGACCUCCCUUUGAAAAUCCGCAUGCUCCAGAAUAACAAACUCAGCAAGUUUAAUUUGUACAACAGCUCAAAAACAGCUACGGAUAUAACCAGACUCAGAGCUGCUCAUGUUGGAGGACAGGUGUUUGCGGCAUAUGUGUUAUGUACAGCUCAGGACAAGGAUGCUGUUAGACUGGCAUUGGAGCAGAUCGAUGUGAUACGACGUAUGUGCACUGAAUACCCAGAGCUGGAGCUGGCUACCACCGCUGCAGAAAUGAAAGCUACAAAGAAGAUAGCUUGUUUGAUCAGUGUGGAAGGCGGCCAUGCAAUUGAUAGCAGUCUGGCAGCUUUACGCAUGUUUUACCAACUUGGAGUGAGAUCUGUGACCCUCACACACAACUGCAACACACCUUGGGCAGAAAGUGUUUCCCAAUAUUACACUUACUACAAGAGAGACAAGAAGUCCUUGACAGAUUUUGGCAAGGCAGUAGUGCAUGAGAUGAACAGGCUGGGAAUUAUGGUUGAUCUGUCUCAUUCUUCCUGGGCUACAGCACGAGCCGUGCUGAAACUUUCCAAAGCUCCUGUCAUCUUCAGCCACUCCUCCGCCUACACCAUCUGUAACAACACGCGCAACGUCCCUGAUGAUCUGCUUCUCAUGCUGAAAGAAAAUGGAGGGCUCAUCAUGGUAAACUUCUACAAUGGAUUUAUAGCCUGUGGUGUUCAAGCAACUGUCUCACUUGUAGCUGACCAUUUUGACUAUCUUAAGGGUGUGAUAGGCACAGAGCACAUUGGAAUCGGUGGUGACUAUGAUGGAGCCAGUGGUUUUCCUCAGGGUCUGGAGGAUGUGUCCAAAUACCCUGCUCUUAUUGGAGAACUAUUGCGUAGGGAAUGGAGUGAGGUGGAACUGGCAGGCGUACUGAGGUUCAACUUCCUCCGAGUGUUUGAGAAUGUGGAGAAGAUACGUGAUGAACUGCGUAACACUCUUCCCAGUGAAAUAGUAAUCCCCCCUGCAGAGGCCCAAAACGAAUGCCGUUUGGUGCUGGCACAACCGGAUAUCACUCGAAAGGUCACGUCAUCCGGUAUGCGAGCGAGUUAUCUUUUAAGCUCAGGUGCUCUGUUUUGGACUGUUUUCUUUUUUCACUUUUUGCUACAUAAACUGGUAUAUUCGAGCUGAUGUUGAAAAAGUAAUUCAUUAAACAGUCUCAACAGUCUUAAAAGGUCAUAGCUAGUUUGAGUACUGUUAUAGUGAAGCAAUAUACUGAAUCAUUUAUAAAUUGAAGACCUUGUUCAUAACCUGGUUGUAUCAACUUCCCCUUUUCAGCAUAUGGUGGCUUUCCCAUACGAUGAGUGUGGCACUAUUUUGUUUUGUGCUUUUUGAUUACAUUGCCUGUUUACCGGUGUGCAUGUAUUUUGGUUGUGUCUGUACCCUUUCUCAAUACUAAUGUCAAUUACCUAAUGAUUGCACCUGUUCCGAAUUCUUGAUUAGUUUGUCUCACUUUGCCCUCAAGUUCCUUCAUGUUCUUUAUGUUCUGAACUUUCCACUCAUUCGGAUAUAGAUUUAAAAUACUGUGUAACAUCCUAGAAUGUCCUGGUUUAAAACUGUAGUAGAAGGGUAACACUAUUUACAUAUAUUUGUUUUAGGUUAUUGAAGGUCAGUUCAACUUCUUUCAAGGUUACAACCAUGAAAUCAGUAACAACCCUGAUACUAGUUGAUAGUGAACUAUGGACUUAAACUACUUCAGGAUGUGGUGUGACUUUUUAUCUUAUAUCUCUGUAAGCUCACAAAGCCACAUUUGACAGCUAAACUCCUCUUAGUAGAUGAUUGAUGAGCUUCAUGAAUACUAAAGCACCCGGAUGCAAUCAUGAAGCAAAACAAGGAACAACACCACUAGCUGGUGUGUAAAUGUAUUUACCUAAUUUGUAUAAUAACAUCAAUACAGCUAUCAGAUUGUACAUGGUAUCUAGAUAAGUAUCCAGAAAAUUGUAUGUUCCUACUGAGAGCUACUAGAUUUGAGAAUACUCCAAAAGAAGCAACUUAAUAAGUUUUAUGACAUUUCAAUGCAAAAUAUUAGCAUUUAUUUCAUACAACUUAAUAGGUUUUAUGACAUUUCAAUGCAAAAUAUUAGCAUUUAUUUCAUACUAAAGUAGUUUAUUGUCUGUUGUUACUUUUUAUUAUUUAUAUUAUAUAUUCUCAUUUUUCCUACUGUUUUUAUCAUUUGACCCAUUAAACAAUAGACAGUUUUGUAUUUCAAACUUGUCUUUUAACUUCUGAUGGGGAAGACUGCAGUUCUUAAUUUCUCUAUAAUGCUCCAAGCUCCAUUUGGGUGGGAUAUAUAAUGAAAUUCAUUAACAAUUAUAAAAUUGUAAUCGUUGACAAAUUUCUGUGGAAUAAAACAAAUAAAAUACUUCAGGACAUGCAGCAGUAGGAAAACAGUCCACUUCAGGGUGGUCCCAGUGAUUAUGUUUUAUGUUCAACAUCACCCUUUCAGUCAUGUUUUAUUCUUUGUGUAUCUUUGCUAGCAGUAAGUUUUGUUUCCAGUGCUAAAAUGGCUGCUCAUUCAAAAAGAGCACAAAUAAGAUGGAUAUAUAUUAUGAUCUAAGAGUAAUACAUUAAUAAAAUGUAAAAAUACA